AUGGUGGUAGCGCUGUUGGUGGCUUUUGCAGCCUUUGCGCUUCUCUUCACCCUGGGAGUUUGCUGGUUUUGGCCAGACUAUGUCGAUGGCAGUGAUCCACCAAAAGUGCGGCGCAUCCUCAUUGCGGUGGUGCUGGCGCUGACCUUUGAAGAAACCUUGCUCUACAUUGGAGGUGUUGUUGGCUUCCGCAGCCUACUCGUAAUUUUAAUCUGCAACAUAUGGGGGCACUUGGAUGCCUCCCUCCGGUACCCCAUCGUGCACGACCUUGACAGCUUCUUUGCCUUGAAGCAGCUCUUCUUGGUGCUCCUGAAGACGGCAGGAUACCUUUUGGGCUUCCGGGAGGUCACGAAAAACUUGGGUUGGGUGGUUCUCGCACUCCUCGUAAAUGUCUGCACGGUCCCCAUUAUAUGGCUGACAGCCUUGCCAAUUGGGGAUGUGAGUAGCUACCAUCAGAAGCAUGAUGUGCUCGAUGAAGACUUGGCAGUGCGCCUCUGGUGUUUCGCAACCGUCAGCACUGAACGGGCGGCAGCCAUGGCACGGUGGAAGGCAAUGGCUCGAAGAGCUCUUGCAGACGUGGCGCGAGCAGUUCCGAUGCUGAAGCCUGCUGCCUUGCGCAUUGACCCAGCCCUGGUGAGAAUUCUCAAGGCAGGCAAAGUGCGUACAACCACAGAUGCAACUGUCACAUCUGAUGCCCGAGAAAUCGUUGAGCGCUUGCUGAAGCAGCCAGACCCAGCAUUGGUCAGUUUGGUAACAUGCGUCUGGUUUUCAUGCCGGGACAAUGUGGAACAUUUGCAUGAACAGCCAAGUGGCGUGCAGAGGCGAAAGGAGUUGAACGAGGCUCCCGGUGACUUGCUGCCAUUUUGUCUCAAUGCAGAACGGGACCUAGACGUUGUGGACGUGGGCAAGGCCAUGCAUGCCGCUUUUCGAUUGUUUGUUUAUCUCACAUCCAACCGCACGGCCGCCAUGCCCAAGCAGAUCACUGAGAUUCGACAAUUUCUGCAGAUUGCCCGUCGGAAGGAUUUUGAUUUGACAGCGCUUCCUAGGAUUCCUAGCAAGGGUAGCCGGUGGACGAUGGACGCACGCUCGGUCAAGAUCAAGAAGAACGGAACCCAGACGAAGUUCAAGAUCCGCUGCAGCAGAUAUCUCUACACCCUGAUCAUGACUGACAAGACCAAAGCGGAGAAGUUGAAGUGGCCCAGUUCAGCCCGGUUCGACCUGGUUCGACGAGAGGAGAGCCGGACCUUGCUUGAGAGGCCCGACCAGGAGGGUGACAUCAUCGCCCUCCGACUUUUCAGCCCUGUGCGGUCUACGACACAAGAAGCUAUCAAAGCAGAGGUCAUUGCCGCCGAGGCAGCUUUGGAGAUGCGGGCUGAAGUUGACGGUCUCCCGGUGGUCUAUGACUCGCCCGCUGUGUCUAUUUCUUUGCGGAAGGUGAGCCCUGAUGCCUUGAUGCAAAACGGUGCAGAAGUCGAAGCACCUGAUGGUGCAUCUGUAAAGAUACCCGCAGAUCCUCGCAUCAAGGGCCGACAUGGAGGUCCCGUGACUGUGACUGUGACUAGCUAUCAUGCUGGUGAUGCUGUAAAGGAAAUGCCAAAGGUGAAGUAUGGGGCACAGCAGCAGAUGCAACCAGAAUCAAAACUCACUGGCGUGGAAGCAAAUGCAAGCCUUGCAGAAGACGACAAUGCAUCAAACAGGACACACAACAACACAAAGAACGAUCGUGUUGAUUUCUUCAUGACGAAGACCAGCGUCAGCUGGCGCGGGACCGUAGAUGUCAAGGUGCCUGGGUUGUCAGCCCAAGUACCUGCACACGAUCGACCCUGGACUCCGUAUGGCGAAAGCGUGCUGUAUCCGGAAGAGAAGGCAGCAGUGCGAGAAGAAUUGGAGCGUCUGGCAGCGCUGCCGGACAAUGAUGAUCGGCUUCGAGGUUGUCGGAAGUUGGCAAGACAGUGGCAUCCGGACAAGCACCCUCCUGAAGAACGUGAGAAAGCGACAGAAAUCUUUGAGUACAUGCAGGAGCUCCGUUUGGCCCUAGGCUUGUCAGUACGGACCCAAGCAGAGGAAGAUGGCUGCCACAACGUGAAAGGCGCCGCGAACCAGAGCCGACAGAAGGAGACAGGAAAGCAUGAGCCAGCCUAUCCCAUGGCGCAUGUUGAUUCCGAAAAACUCGGUGACAAGAUCUUAACUAUAACAGGUGCCAGAGAGCAGAAAGAGCUUGCGUUGACAAGCAUCGUAGCCGACCUCUUUGAAUUUCAAGGAGUCCCUGAAGAUUCACCGGACAUCUGCGUGCUCGUGAUGCCAUCUUGUGCAAUCGGCGCAGUGAUUGGCACAAAAGGUGCCAAAAUCAGUGAAAUCAUGGCAGAGUCCGGCACCGAUAUAGACGUUGGAAGGGAGUGCAUCACUGGGAUGCCCGACAAUCCUGUCGUCUUGAAAGGCCUGCGCCCUCAGAUCGUCAAAGCGGCAGUCCUGGCCAACGACGUGUUGCAAGAUUUGGCAGACAAAGGCCGUGUUAACGCCAGUGACUUUCGCUACGUUCCUGGCCGGACUGCAGCACCCCGAGUUGGUGGUCGCGGGGCAUUCGCUUCCUGUGCAGCAGCACGGUUUCUUUUCGACAGGGAGUUUGCAGGAUUCAUGAUCGGAAAGGGUGGUGAGAAGAUUACGAGAAUCCGAGACCAGACAGGUGCAACUCUUCAAUUUCGAGGUUCUGCUGAGGAGGUGGCGCUUUUCCUGGGUCCGGACGACCGUGUUUUAGACAUCCGCGGCACACCUACACAACGCAACCAGGCGGUUGAGUUCUGCUUCAAGGAGAUGGACUCCGCCCCACAGUCCAUCCAAGAAACUCGUAUUUUGAUCCCAUUAGCCGUGCCCGAGGCACCGCUGGAAGAAACGGUGGCACGGACUGGGGCAUCUUGCAGCCUGUCACAGGACAUGCACAUAGUUAGCCCAGAGAGUACAGAGCGCGUGGUUCGAUUGGAGGGUGCCCCUCCGGAGCGGCUGGCUGCAGCUUUAGGUUUGCUCGUCAAAGCUGAUGAGUAUGCUCCAAAUGUGCCAGCCGUCCGGCCACCUGCAGCACCUGUUCGAGUGGACCGGCAAAGUGACCAUGCCGCAGAAGCUGCGGCAGAAGCUGCCGCACAACCUGCGGCACAACCCGCGGCACAGCCUGCGAUUCGCACACCAGACAAGCCGGAAGAUGAUCCCGAGCGGCGGAUAGAGCCAGAGUCAGGCAAAGCAUAUACCUUCGCAGAGUUUCGAGUAGCUUUCGCGGAAACGUAUUCCGAGAAGGACAUUUGCGACUAUUGGCGAGAUGCCUGCACGCCAAUCAAGCAGCAAGAUAAGCAAGUGACGCCAGUAACGCAAGAGAACGAGCACGGGCAGUCCUCUCUUGCCUCUGGAAUUGCCUCGCCUGCGGUCCAAGAGGCAAAGCAAGAGGCAAAGGAGCCUCUUUCAGGCCAAAAGCUUGAUCGUCCAGAGCCACAAAAUGGAAAUGUGAAGCGAGAUGAGGCGACGGCUGGCAAUCUUAACGGAAGGAUAAAGGCAAGCUCGGAUCAAGGCCAGAUGAAGAUUCCAGGCGAAUCGGGCAGUGUAUCUGGACACCAAGGAGCUCAGGAUUCCAAUGUGUUGCCCACCAAUCUUCCGGUGGGCGUUCACAGAUGGCGCGAGAAGCUGCUGGACUCACCGCCAUCACAGCUCCAUGUCGUCUUGCCCACAGAGCUUGUAAAGGAUCCACUGGUCGAGCAAGGGUUCCUGGCUGAGAUAGCCGUUGGCUGUCAAGUGCACAUCGAUGUCUGUGGUGAAGUCGCUCCGGGUCAGCGGCAGCUUAUCCUGUCGGGCACUUGCGCAGCCAAUGCGCUGGCUGCGGUGGCUCUUCAGAUGCGUGCAUGGUUUGCUGGAGCCAGGCCGUAA